AACUGCCCGGCCGCGGCCGGACGCCGGAUGCCAGUUGACGUUAAUGUCGCGUGUGUUAACGAAGUGAUAACGUCCGCGGAACUAAUUGGAGUCCAUAGCUAUCUGUAUAUGACCGUAAAGUCCAGCGGAUUCAAAGAAGACAUUGGUAAAGGGUAAAAGUUUGUGAAAUGUCUCUUGCAACACGUACGUUAGUGAUCACUCACAAGUGUGAGAACACUGACCAGUACGACGUCGUUUAAAAACCACACCCGGGAAUCAUGUCUAGCCUAGUCGUUGCUCGAACUUUCGAAGUUACAUUUCAUUGCUUGGAUAGGGUUGCAGGAGUGGUCGAAUGAUAUCACGUUCAUGCCACAAGAAAUUAUCGCAAUCAUCGAUCGAAAUAUAACCCUGGGAAAAUGAAGUUCCCUGGACAUCUCGUUUAGUCUACUGGGUUCAUCCGAGAGAAGACUUGUUUCCCUGGAUGGUCGGAGAAGCAAACAUGACAUCUUGGCUCUUUCGACUCUUCGUUUGCAUCUUGGGUUGGAAGUCAUGUCACGGCCUCGGUUACUACGACUACUACGUGCCCGAGGGCACCAUCAAGGCCGGACUGGUAGCUAAGGGUGACACCUUCACCCUCAACGACAAAGACCUCACCAUCUUUUCCGGUUCACUCCACUACUUCCGGGUUCAUCCGGACUACUGGCGGGACACUCUCAAGAAGUUCAGGGCUGCUGGACUGAAUGCUGUUCAGACUUACGUACCCUGGAACCUCCACGAGCCCAGGCGAGGAGUGUUCGACUUCGGAGACCUAGACGAGGACAUGUCGGCAUUCCUGGACUUGCGCUCAUUCCUCCAGAUGGCUCAGGAAGAAGAUCUCUUCGUCCUUUUCAGACCUGGGCCUUAUAUCUGCUCCGAGUGGGAAUACGGAGGACUGCCCAGCUGGUUACUGCGUGACGAAAAUAUGAGAAUGAGAAUUAACUACGAAGGCUUCAUGAAUCCCGUCCGUGAUUACUUCAACAACCUGCUUCCUCGCAUUGCUGAUCUUCAGUUUACUCGAGGAGGACCUAUCAUUGCUGUUCAGAUAGAGAACGAGUAUGGCAGCGUUGUAGACGCGAGAGAGCCUGAAGGAAAAGCCUACCUGGAAUUUCUGAAGGAGACUCUGACAGCCAAUGGGCUAAAUGAGUCACUGUACUACACCUCUGACGGAGUCUUAGGGAAUGAGGACAGAGGAGCUGUAGAAGGAGCCUUAAUAACGGCGAACUUCAACGAAAACCCAGAGGAAAAUUUGAACAAACUGAAGCAAUUACAGCCUGACCGACCCCUGAUGACCACAGAAUACUGGACAGGAUGGGUUGAUACCUGGAUGGCCGAUUCGCACAUCGUGACAGAUCCGAAGAAGUUUGGAGCAACGCUGGAAGCCAUUCUGCAGCGGAAUUCCUCCGUCAAUAUGUACAUGUUCAUUGGCGGCACCAGCUUCGCCUUCAUGCCCGGCGGCGGUUUUGGAGAAUCGUGGCCCUUCUACUUUUCGGACACCACGAGUUACGACUAUGACGCUCCGUUGUCCGAAGCAGGAGACUACACUGAGAAGUACACAGUUGCUAAGGACGUUAUAGCAAAAUACAAUCCUUUAGAGGGAGUUGUUGAUCAUCCAGAAAAACCUCCUCAACGAGAAAAAAUAGCUUAUGAUAAGGUAGCCAUUGCUGAGCACCUGGAUUUUCCAACUUUACUGGCGCAGCAAACGAGUGUGGAAGUCACGGAAGGGCCUUGCAGUAUGGAACAGCUACCCGUCAAUGACAACAACGGCCAGUCCUACGGGUACAUCUCGUACACGACGCAUGCGUACUUGACACCCACCUCGCAGCUACUCAUCACAAAUCAUGUAAGGGACUUAGCCCAGGUCUUAGUUGAUGGUGUUGUGAUGACGAAGCCUUACAGCACUCCUGAGGAUGUCAAUGGGUUUGGCUUCUGGAACGGAAAAGACCAAGAACUAGACAUCCCUGGUAGUAACGAAGUGGCUGAAGUGACUAUCAUGGUUGAAAACCUUGCGAGGAACAACUUUGGUGGUCCUGAUGAUUUCAUUGAAAAGAAAGGCAUUUGGGAAGGCUCGGUUUUCAUUGAUGGUAUUCAGAUUGACGAGUGGGUCAUCCAUUCGAUGGAAAUGAAAGGAAAGCAGGUUGCAAACUACACUGGUUGGCAGCCUUUUGAAGGGCCCUUAGAAACCCCUGCCAUGUAUCGUGGGGUCUUCGAAAUCACAGAAGCUCCAAAGGACACCUUCCUUGACAUGAGUGGAUGGAAUAAAGGAGUCGUUUUCAUUAAUGGAUUUAAUGUUGGUAAAUACUGGAAAGAAGGACCUCCUAGGACUCUGUAUGUUCCAGGCGCUUUACUUCAAAUCGGAUUGAACGAGAUUAUUGCAUUUGAGCAGUAUACGCCAAGCAGUGAAUUCAUCUUCUCAACAGUUCCUAUCCUUGGCUGAAGGCAGUGGUGUACUGUAUACUAGCGCCUUCAAAAUGAGUUCUUCCAGGUUUAUCUGGGAUUUUAGGAAAUAUGAAUGCGAUAUAUUUUAGUAAUUUUUGCUUAAACAAUAAACAUACUUUAUAAAUUGCACAUCUGUCAUUCAUCAUUUUUAUAACCAUUGGUAUGAUGUCAGUGUACAAGUCUUUCUCUAUCCUCUUCACUCAAAAUCUGUAUUAAUCAGUUAGUUGAAAUUGAUCACUGUCUGAUAACUGUAUUAGGAGAACAUAUCUCCAUCCAAACCAUCAUGUGUUAGUUUUAUAGCCCAAAUGUGUGUCCAAGCUUAUUCUGAUUACUCCCAUUACCAACCCAAACUAGAUUCCCAAUCGGGAAAUGGUACCAUCAGUACACCUCACAUGGUGCAUUGUAGGCUUUACUAAAGAGUGUUUGCAGUGUCCUUUUGGCCGCUAAUUGCAUCAAGUGUUAGUCUACUUUACAUCCUUUACUUUUUUUAAAUUUUAGUUUGGUGGUCUGGUUAACAGCAAAAUUACUCAAUAACAGAUUUUUUAGUCUGAGUAUUUCAUCGUUAGGUUUUGGGUAAAAACAGAUAUAAAUAUUUGUACUGUACCUAGGAAAGGUGUAAAUAUUUUUUUCACCCGUUAAGACUCAUUUCGUUCUUUUAUGAAAUUUAGGCUGUAAAGUUAAGCGCUGUUUAAUGUGAAUCAUCGAGUCUGGUUGUAUGCUACUGUCCUCCACUGAUUGCUUAUGAAAGCUGCACUGUUUCGAUUCUUGUCGAGUCUCAUUUGAAAUAUUGUCUUGUACACAUAACAGUACAGAAUUUCGGUUAAUUGUCAUGGGAAUAUGUCCUUUCAGUAUAUAGGGUAUCUUCAAUUAUGCAUUGCCAAGUAACUCCCACCUGGACAUCACAUUGAGACCCGUGAAGGCAAAUGCUAGUGUGUAAAUCUGCCUGAAAGCAAAUUCUUUCCCAUAAAUAAAGACAUUGAGUAACAGGUUCAUUAUAAUGAUUUUGUUCAUCGUGACAACAAUUUAUCACCCUUUUAGUCGAAACCAAAUAAAAAUUAUUAUUGCCUA